CAAGAAUACUCGUUGCUGACUUUGCGCUGAAAACAAAUCUGUUUUUCAUUCAAUGAUAACAGACGUUCGGAUUUCAAAAUACUUCAUAUUUGUCAUAUUUCUAAAAGACUAAAGUAAUUCAUUAUCAAAGAUAUUUUAAACUAAAAAAAUACUAUGCGCGACGCAAAUGCAAACGAACGAACUGCACUCACCACUGGUAGUGGUGGUGCAGAUUCAUUCGAAAUUUCCCCUAAAGAUCUACAAAAAUUAAUGGACUGUCGUAAAUUGGAGGCUGUUAAAUAUCUUAAUGAAAAGUACGGUGGAGUUGUAGGAUUAUGUCGAUUACUUAAAACAUCUCCACAAGAUGGUUUACAUGAAGAAGAUUUCUCUAAACGUAUUAAUACAUUUGGUGCUAAUGUUAUACCACAACAACGUGCUAAAACAUUUUUAAGAUUAAUGUGGGAAGCUUUACAAGAUUUAACUUUAAUUGUUCUUAUUGUUGCUGCAUUCAUUUCACUUGCUUUAUCACUUUAUAUAAAAUAUGGACAAGCACCAACAUUUGAUGAAUCAGAAGGACAAGCUGGUUGGAUUGAAGGUUUAGCUAUUCUGAUUGCUGUAUUUGUUGUUGUAUUUGUUGUGGCAUUGAAUGAUUGGCAAAAAGAACGACAAUUUCGUGGUUUACAAAAUAAAAUUGAAUCAGAGCAUACAUUUUUUGUUAUACGUAAAGGUGAUACUAAACAAAUUCCUGUAAAAGAAAUUGUUGUUGGUGAUGUAUGUCAAGUGAAAUAUGGUGAUCUCCUACCAGCUGAUGGUAUAGUGAUACAAUGUAAUGAUUUAAAAAUUGAUGAAAGCUCUUUAACUGGUGAAUCGGAUCAAGUGAGAAAAAGUGAAACAAAAGAUCCUGUCCUACUUUCAGGUACUCAUGUUAUGGAAGGUUCCGGUAAAAUGGUUGUUACUGCCGUUGGACCGAAUUCACAAGCUGGUAUAAUAUUUGCUUUGCUAUCUUCUGGUUCUCAUGAUGAACAUGGUGGUGGUGGUGGUGGUGGUCAAGAGAAAAAAAAGGAGAAAAGCAAAACUAAAAAGAAUGGUAAAAAAGGGAAAAAGAACACUAACAAUGUACCAUCUGCUAAUUCUGAUGCUUAUCAAAUGAAAUCAAAGGAGAAUAAAACAAAAACUGAAUCUGAUGCAGAACAGAAUUCCAAACCAAAGAAAAAACCACGUCGUAAAGAACAAUCUGUGUUACAAGCAAAAUUAACUAAAUUAGCCAUACAAAUUGGUUAUGUUGGUACAUUUGUUGCAAUAGCUACUGUUCUAAUAUUAAUCAUAAAAUUUUCAGUACAUACAUUUGCACAAAAUAAAGAACCAUGGCAAACUGGAAAACAUUUAAAACAAAUAGUUAAUUAUAUUAUUACUGGUGUGACAGUAUUAGUUGUUGCUGUACCUGAAGGUUUACCAUUAGCUGUAACUUUAUCAUUGGCGUAUUCAGUGAAACGUAUGAUGAAAGAUAAUAAUCUAGUUCGACAUUUAGAUGCAUGUGAAACAAUGGGCAAUGCAACAGCAAUUUGUUCAGAUAAAACUGGUACAUUAACUACAAAUCGUAUGACAGCUGUUCAAUGUUUCAUUGGUAAUAAACAUUAUAAACGUAUACCAACAGCUUCAGAAUUACCAGAAUCUAUUACCAAUCUCAUAGUAAUGAAUAUAUCUAUCAAUAGUGGGUAUACGUCGAAACUUUUGCCUCCAGAUAAUCCAAAUGCUUUACCAAAACAAGUUGGAAAUAAAACAGAAUGUGCUUUAUUAGGUUUUGUCAAAUCUAUUGGACGUAGCUAUGAAGAUAUACGUACACAAUGGAGUGAAGAACGUUUAUAUAAAGUGUAUACAUUUAAUUCAAUACGUAAAUCAAUGAGUACAGUUAUUAAAGAAUCAGAUAAUCCAAUGUCAUUUUUAUUGUUUACUAAAGGUGCUUCAGAAAUGGUUGUUAAAUGUUGUUCAUGGAUGAUGGAUGAACAAAAUAGAGCAAGACCAUUCAGUCUACAAGAUCAAGAACGUUUAACUGAAGCAGUGAUUGAACCAAUGGCAGGUGAAGGUCUUCGAACCAUUGGUAUAGCUUAUAAAAAAAUCACAAUAGCUACAAAUUCAAAAAGUCCAAAUGAUAUGAUUAUACAAAAUGAACCAAAUUGGGAUGAUGAAGAACAUUUAUUAGAAGGUCUUACAUUAUUAGGUAUUAUUGGAAUUGAAGAUCCAGUUCGACCAGAAGUACCAGCUGCUAUACGUCAAUGUCAAAAAGCCGGUAUCACUGUACGUAUGGUAACUGGUGAUAAUGUAAAUACAGCAAGAUCAAUUGCAAUGAAAUGUGGUAUUAUACAACCAGGUGAAAAUUUUCUUGUUAUUGAAGGUAAAGAAUUUAAUCGACGUAUUCGUGAUAAAGCAACUGGUAAAGUUAGACAAGAUUUAUUUGAUCAAGUAUGGAUUAAUUUAAGAGUAUUGGCUAGAUCUUCACCUCAGGAUAAAUACACAUUAGUUGGUGGGAUAAUUAACAGUCGUGCAGCACCAUCACGUCAAGUAGUCGCUGUUACUGGUGAUGGUACAAAUGAUGGUCCAGCAUUAAAACGUGCAGAUGUUGGUUUUGCAAUGGGUAUAGCUGGUACAGAUGUAGCAAAAGAAGCAUCUGAUAUUAUAUUAACAGAUGAUAAUUUUUCAAGUAUUGUUAAAGCUGUUAUGUGGGGUCGUAAUGUAUAUGAUUCAAUUACAAAGUUUUUACAAUUUCAAUUAACUGUAAAUUGUGUAGCAAUUAUUGUUGCAUUCGCUGGAGCAUGCUUUUUAGAUGAUAGUCCAUUGAAAGCUAUACAAAUGUUAUGGGUCAAUUUAAUUAUGGAUACAUUGGCUAGUUUAGCAUUGGCUACAGAACAACCAUCAUUGGAAUUAUUAGAUCGUGCACCAUAUGGACGUACUCAACCAUUGAUCAGUAGACAAAUGGCUAAAAAUAUCUUAGGUCAUUCUUUAUAUCAAUUGGGUGUUAUAUUUUUCUUAUUAUUUUAUGUUGAUUUAAUAAUGGAAGUUGAUAAUGUAUCUGGGAUAACAAUACAUGAACCAACACAACAUUAUACAAUAAUAUUUAAUGCUUUAGUAUUAAUGACAUUAUUUAAUGAAUUUAAUGCAAGAAAAAUACAUGGACAACGUAAUGUAUUUAGUGGUUUACAUAGAAAUCCAUUAUUUAUUAUCAUUUGGUUUGUAACAUUUUUAUUACAAGCAUUAAUUAUACAAUUUGGUUCAUAUGCAUUUAGUACAAAAGCAUUAGAAUUAGAUCAAUGGGCUUGGUGUUUAUUUUUUGGUGUGGGUGAACUUGUCUGGGGUCAGGUUGUCAAUACAGUACCGAAUGCAAUUAUACCAAAAUGUAAAUGUCGUAAACGUAAACGUCCCACAGUUGUUGGUGUUAAUGAAAAUGCAGCUGAUGAAUACAUUAAGGAUGCUAUUGAAGUCGGUGAAGUUGAUGAAGAAGAAGAUGAAAUCUCUCCAUUAUCAUUAGGUGGUGCUAAUAUGGGAAUUGGUGGACGUAUUUUAUGGAUUCGUGGUGUAAAUCGUAUUCAAACACAGAUGCAAGCUGUAAAUGUCUCAUAAUCGACAUGGAUUAGCAUCAUUGUUCAUGGUUUCCAAGUAUUCAAUAGAGUAGUCUAAGAUUGAUCUAUUCAUGAUCUUAAUAAUAAUUGAAGUUGACAUUGUUAUAUAUAUCCGUUUCUAAUAUAUUUUUAUCUAAUCCUAUCAAUGCUUUUCACUUUCUUAUUAUUCAUUAAUUCCAUCUAAAACAUUAAUGUAUAACCUUCUCAUGGUAUUCAACAUUCUAUAGCUUAUAGUUAUUUGGACCAAAAAUUACCUUCAUUAUUUACUAACAGUAGUCAAAGAAUUACUUUAAUGAUGUACAACUCAUAUCAUUAUUAUAUCUUGCCUAAAUUACUUACUUACUUAUUUACGCCUGUUACUCCCAAUGGAGCAUAGGCUGCCGACCAGCAUUCAUCAACCCACUCUGUCCUGGGCUUUCUUUUCCAGUUCUAUUCAAUUUUUUGUUCAUUUUUCUAAUGUCUGUCUCCAUUUCUUGGUGUAAUGUGUUCUUUGGUCUUCCUCUCCUCCUUUGGCUUUGAAAAUUCCAUGUAAGGGCUUGCCUUGAGACUAUCUUGCUUAAAUAUAACCUGUAAAUUAUAAGUAUACAUUCAAUACAUAUUCAUAUUCAUGUGUCUUUUAUGUACAAGUAGAAAUUGAUCUCUCUAUGGUUAUUUAUUUUAGUUAUUUAUUUAAACCCACAAAUAUUGGUACAAACGGAGCACCGAAUAUAUAUGCGUCACAUAAGUCACUUGGUUUGUGUGUGAGCUGUGAUACUGCCCAGACUGAAACAGAUGAUUUUCUUAGGGGGGGUCACACCCAGAGCCUUCGACCUAAAAGUCUAAUCCACAAGGUGGUAGAGCAGUGUUAGGUAGCCAGUAACCAACAAUAGGUUCAUACGCCAUUUGUUCCAUAUACAUCAUUGAUAUGGAAUCACAGUUUUCCAACUCAUCUAGAUGGAUUCAUUCUAUGCACUAAGCUGAUUAAAGCGCCAGACAUUCACUUUUCAUCCUCUCAAUUUUAUAGAUUAAAGCAUUUGACCUUAAAUUAAUUGAAUUACAGUUUUCAACCAUACUCUAUACAGAUCUGUGUAGAUAGUUUAGUAGAAUAGUAUCAUUAAUUCUCAUACUAUUAAAAUGUAACUAAUAGCCAAGUAAAUUAAUCUAUAAUGAUUUAUUAUUUAUUUACGACUGAAACUAAGUACACAACUGUAUCUCUGUGCGAAUGUUGUGGUAUGGCAACUCGAACUGAUGUACGUACGUACGAAGUUCCACGUUGUUACUGACUGACUGAUUGACACUUCUUUUAUUAUUGUUACUCAUCCUAAGAUAUAGCUAUUGUCCAUUGUUAGGAUGAUUUAAGUUCCAAUCAUCUAUGAAUGAUACCUUUAAACUUUUCGAUUCAUUUAAUUUAGUUGUUUAUUCAAUCAAUAAUCUAUUUCAAUGGAAAUAGAUGUAAUUCAUAGACUAGUACUAUACACUAUACUCAUUCAUGAGAAGGUUUAUUGAAGUUUGAUGAUAAUCAAGUUAACUAGUUAACACAAUGGAAUCUAAGAUACAUGUUCACACUAGAGUAUUAUAGUUAAUAAUUGAUUCUACUGUUAAUUAUAAUCCAUGUAUAAUGUAACUUGUAAUAUUUGUCUAUAGCUAGACAAUUAGCUCAACGUACUUACUUACUUAC